ACAUAAAAAUGUCAAAAAAACUAAUCUAAAAUAUUAUUGGCGUAGUUUCCCUUCAGUGAAUAUUAUUAACGAGUUUAACCUUAAUUGUUCUACAAUAACCAAAUAUUCAGCGAAACAACAAAAGAUAUGGAUAAAAGAAAGCUUUCAACUGCAGGGGACAGUCUGUAUCAAAUACUUCAAGUUCCCAAAACUGCAACCGCAGAUGAUGUAAAGAAAAGCUACAGAAAAAUGGCAUUAAAAUACCAUCCUGAUAAAAAUCCCAAUAAUCCAGAAGCUGCAGAUAAAUUCAAAGAGGUGAAUCGCGCUCAUACAAUAUUAAGCGACGCUACUAAAAGAAAUAUCUACGAUAAUUAUGGCUCCCUUGGAUUAUACAUUGCUGAACAAUUUGGCGAAGAGAACGUCAACGCCUAUUUUGUAGUAACUAGUACUUGGUGCAAAGCGUUAUUCUUUGUGUGUGGUAUCUUAACUGGAUGCUACUUCUGCUGUUGUUUGUGCUGUUGCUGUAAUUGUUGCUGCGGCAAAUGCAAGCCACGUCCACCGGAAGAAUCGGGUGACUAUCAUACAUUAGAACGCGACGACUCGGACGGUGUGCAAGCGGUGACCGUGCAACCGGGUGGUGAGGGUCGUCCAAAGGGAGAACAAGCGCCACCCAUUGCCAUGCCUAUGCCACCACCGCCUGGCGCUUCCGAAAACACAGGCCUCAACACAGGAAGCCGUUUUCCAAAAUACACAUGAAGUAUUCACAACUUGCUAGUCUAACAUAAUUUGUAAGAGCAAUAAGGAACUAUUUUUUACAACCAUUAACUUGCACAGAUGCUGGAUGUAAGCCUAAAUUAAGUUUUAUUAUUAUUCUUCGUUGUAUUAUUAUUAAUAUUUAUAUUUUUAAUUAUUAUUUGUGGCUUAUGUUUGUCACGUAAAAUAUAU